AUGAGUGGAAAAGCAACCAAAAGCUUUUCCUUGAAUCACAAAAUCCCAAAUACCAAGCCAAAAGUCGCUAUCAAAGGGGAAGUCAUGAUGGAAAAGCAACAAAAGCUCUUUCUUGGAUUGACAUGCAACUAUGAUACAAUCAAAGGUUGGUCAAUCCAAGUUGAGCUUCUUUUGGAAGCAAUACACGUCCGCAUCUGGACAAAUGGAGCUAAUCCUAGCAAAAGAAAUUGGUAUUUAGACACAAGGCUUAUGAAUGUCGCCAUACCUUAUUCGUCUUGA